AUGGGACAAUAUUUGUUGAAACGGAGGUUAAGGCAUGUUAGAUCCGUCAAGAUAAGCAACCUCUGUGUGGGUCAGAGGAAUUCCCAACAAUUAAUGUGGUUCCCAUCUUAUUUCAUAGUGAUUGAAAAUGGUAAAGGGCAGACGUUAUACGUUAGUGAAGUACAACAGGGGUCAUUGUACAGUGUUCAAUUUAAUGAAUUGCCACCACAGGAUAGCCCGUUGACGCAUUUUACGCUGAGAUUGGUGGCAGAGUUGCCGGAAAGGCUUUCACCAUCACCAGACGAGAAGCUUUGGUUUGAUUUUAGAACUUACAAGGUGGAUUUGAACCAAGUUAAACACGUUAGUGCAGAUGAUAUCAUUGAAAGCUAUAACGCUCCGGUAUUGGAAUUGGUAGAUGGUGACUAUGUACUACCGAACGUUUCCAUGUUGACUGUCCCCAAAGAAUCGAUUAGAACACACAAGAGAGCAAAUUCAAGCAUUAAGAUUAAGAAAUCAUUCACUUUCAACUAUGCUUUAAAGUUGAAUAAAAUUUUGGAAUAUACUUCGCAAGUUAUGGAGGAAAGUCAACAAAUUUCUGAGAGGGUGGAAAGACAGAUUCAAGAUGAACACAAGAGGCAUCAGUGGUUCGUAACUCAUUUAAGGGACUACAAUCACCAAUUGAAAGUAAGAAUCCAAAAGAAACAGCUAGAUCUACGAAGACUUCGUGAUUCCGUUGAACAUUUUGCUGAGUCUGAAGAAAAAGAUUCACAACCACAUUCGUUGAACGAUUACUAUGGUAAUACAUAUCCGAACCUUAUUCAGAGUAGAAACAGACUGGAAAGCAUGAGAGCGAAGAAAUUAGCACAGUUGAUUGGAAUAUUUCAAACAACAGACCUUUUCCACGUACGAGCGGGAUUCGUUACAUUUAACAGGACACUUCUAGAUUCAUCAUCUUCACUUUACGAUAGACUAACACUUGAUUUAUUAAACAAAACAAAACUGCUGGAAUUAGCCACUGAUGGAUCUGAAGCUAGCAAAAAAUUGACUAGCACUUGUCUUGGUUAUUAUACUUUGUUUGUGACCUUAAUAGCCACAAGCAUAUGCAGUAUUCCAUUACCACAUGAACUGAUGUACUGCGGAAGUACCUCUACGGUGAACGGCACAACUCCACUAUAUUUGGAUAACAUUAAAGAUAUAGAACUUUUAAGCCAGGCCAUUGAUUGUUUUAACGGUAAUAUAAUACAAGUUAUCCAGUUUUUGAAACACCGCCGGACGCAAUGA